CAGAGAGGGCACAUGAUACGAAGAAGCUCCCAUUAAUGAGUUGUUCGAAAGUGGUAACUUUCCUCUGCCAUUCCUAAACACAUCUCAUUUAUCGAUUCAGACAACUUCACCAACCUCUCUCUCUCUCUCUUCACUUUCUCUCUCUCUGUGUGAUCUCUUUCUCUCCGUCUCUCUGUUUUCCCCAGAUUCAGAACCUUAGUUGCAAUCCAUCUACACUUUUGUGGGUACCUCCUCGGAUUUUGUCUUCUUCGGGGGUACCCCAUUUCUCUCUUUCGCGCCACAGAUCAGAUCCACACUCCUUCUUUUGUUUACCCUUAAUUGCAAAGGUGGCAACUUUGUUUGGGGAGAGGAACCCCACUGCUUCUGAACAGUUUAUUCUCUUUUGGGUUUGUUGCUAAGUUGCGUUUGGAAGAUGUUAUAGGCUGCUGAAGCUUUUUUCUUAAUUGGUGGGGUUCAUUUGUUGAAACCCAAACACAAAAAUGAUCAGCAAAACUCUUUUUCUCACUUAUGUCUACUUGUUUAUCUACAUCUUGCUUUCUUCUGGAGUCAUAUUGUACAACAAGUGGGUUCUGUCUCCAAAAUACUUUAACUUUCCCCUUCCUAUAACGCUCACCAUGAUUCAUAUGGGAUUUUCUGGGGCCGUGGCAUUUUGCCUUGUCCGGGUCUUUAAGGUUGUGUCUCCUGUCAAAAUGACAUUUGAAAUAUAUGCAACUUGCGUGGUACCGAUAAGUGCUUUCUUUGCAUCAAGUCUAUGGUUUGGUAACACUGCCUACUUGCACAUCUCCGUGGCUUUUAUCCAGAUGCUCAAAGCUCUGAUGCCAGUGGCAACUUUCACUAUGGCUGUUGCGUGCGGCAUUGACAAAGCAAGGUGUGAUGUGUUCUUGAACAUGGUGCUGGUCAGUGUUGGAGUUGUCAUUUCCUCCUACGGGGAAAUACAUUUUAAUAUAGUUGGUACAGUUUACCAGGUCACGGGCAUCUUUGCAGAAGCUUUAAGACUGGUAUUAACACAAGUUCUUCUACAGAAGAAGGGAUUGACUUUAAAUCCUAUUACGAGCUUAUAUUACAUAGCUCCCUGCAGUUUUGUGUUUCUCUUUGUGCCUUGGUACCUAUUGGAGAAGCCUGUGAUGGAAGUUUCACAGAUUCAGUUCAAUUUUUGGAUCUUCUUUUCCAAUGCAAUAUGUGCUCUAGCCUUGAAUUUCUCCAUUUUCUUAGUUAUUGGUAGAACUGGUGCUGUAACCAUCCGGGUUGCCGGUGUGCUUAAAGACUGGAUAUUAAUAGCUCUUUCAACUGUUAUAUUUCCAGAAUCUGCAAUUACUGGGCUGAAUAUAAUAGGCUAUGCUAUUGCACUCUGUGGAGUUGUUAUGUACAAUUACAUAAAGGUUAAGGAUGUCCGUGCCUCUCAAUUGCCUGCUGAAAGUAUUCCAGAUCGGAUCACAAAGGACUGGAAAUUCGAGAAGAAGUCUUCUGAUAUUUAUGUGCCAGAUAACAAUAAUGACAAUGAGGGAAGCAGUGGAGGUAAUGGAACAGCCUCUGAUAUGAACAUUGAUGAAGAAGCACCACUAAUUCCAUCAUCAAGGUUAUCUCAUAUUGGACGUACGCAGAUAACCAACCAUGCAACAGGAAAAUGAAAACCCAAAUACAAGAUUCAUUUUAGAGUACCCUUUUGGAAAAAAGAACUAGAAAGAGGAAGGCUGAGUCAAAUGCACCCUAUUCCUCUUAUUCUUUUUAGACAUUAGGUUUUAUAAUGAAAUCAUAUGCUUGUUCUUUGUAAUUACUUUCCUUUGUAGAAUGCAUCAUCUCUGAUUUACGUUUCUGAAUCCCGGUGUUUGAUCAGAGGUGGAGGACUAAAUGGCCUUAUAUAAUCAGGUCCAAACUGAAUGCAACUUCGGAAUAUGAGUAGUUUUAGUUUUUGCUUCAA